ACCCAUGAGAGUAUCAACAACAGAAUCGCCCUGGCGAUGAAGAGUGGGAAAUAUGCCUUGGGUUAUAAAACGGUUCUGAAUUCCCUUGGGAACUCAAAAGGGAAGCUAAUUAUAAUUGCCAACAAUUGCCCACCUUUAAGGAAACCAGAGAUAGAAUAUUAUGCAAUGCUUGCCAAAGUGGGUGUGCAUCACUACAAUGGAAACAACGUUGGUUUGGGCACAGCAUGCGGCAAAUAUUUACUGGUUUGUUGCCUCAGCAUUAUCGAUCCUGGUGAUUCUGAUACUAUCAAGACAAUGGCUGGUGAACAGUGA